GAGCUUUACGAUUGCAAUCUCUUCAUUGGUUGCCCUGAUAAGUCAAUUAGCACAGCUCACGCGUUACCAAGAGAAUGACGAGUUGUGUCUACUGAUAACAGAUUUCCUUAUAUGGGAAUAUUUUUUAUUGAAAGACAGUUUAUAACGAUACAAAUAUAAAUGUCUCUGGCUUGCGAAAGUUGGUUUUAAAUUGUUUAACAUAGAAAUGGCACUGCGCACGAGAGUACUGAAUCUAUGAACAUGUUUGGGAUGCACAUGCGCAGUAAGACCUUUUUCUGGCGCGCUUCGACAAUAGAGGAAGGUAACGAAAUAAUGGCUUCCAAAUCAGCUCAGGAGGGCCAUCUGUCAAGCCAAGAGGAAGAAAAUUUGAUCAAUGAUACUGUGCGAUAUAUCCUGUCUCACGAUAAUACCAAGUAUGCUAUCAAGCGACAGGACAUUGUAAAAGAUGUUCUCAAAACUUAUGGAGGGAGCUCUAAAUAUAUCAUUGAUGGAGCUACACGAGUGCUCAAGGAGAUUUUUGGGAUGAAGUUGGUCGCAGUUGAACAGAACUCAAAUGUGAAACACUAUAUGCUUAUAAACAAUGAAAAGUUUUCAACAGAUGCACGUUAUAUGAAAUGGCCAAAGGAAGUGGAGUCUCAACAAGUGCUCCUCAUGCUGACUCUAUCAUUAAUCUUCAUGAAAGGUGGUGUGGAGAGUGAAGAGGAUAUGCUGAGUUUCCUAAGUAAUCUUGGUAUUAUGAGUAAGAACAGAUCUCAUGAGUACUUCGGUGAUGUGUGGAAAUUGUUAACAGGGGAAUUUGUACGUCAAAUGUAUCUAGAACAUGUUCGUAUACCUGAGCUCGAUCCUCCAAAGUUUGAGUUCCGAUGGGGACGUCGAGCUGAAGAAGAGGUAUCUCGACGUUCACUGCUUGAGUUUGUCAGUUUGGUUUAUGGGACUGACCCAAAAAAUUGGACCACGCAGUACCAGGAGGUGUUACAGACUGAAAAAAAUAAACGUGAAAAGGAGAUGUAAUUGGUAACGUUUAUUGAUUUAUACUUAUGAUGUGAGCAAAACUUAUAAACUGGGCAGAUUGUUUUCAUUUCACAACAAUAACUGACAAGUAACAUAUGUACAUGUGCUACUAACAUACCUGCAACGUCUAAUAUUUCAAAACCUUAAAAAGCACCAUGAAAAAAAUGAAUGCUUCAGUACCAAGAAACACUUCAGUUUUUGUUAAACAGUAUGGCAUACUAAUAUAAGACAAACCACAAACUUCAUAAAAAGAAGUAUUUUGAUUAUUAGCUAUCACAAAAACUUGUCUGUUAUUUUAAUCUGUAGUAGAAUUUGGUUUUGAGUGAACAAUAUAACACAGUCAACUAUUAAGAGAACAUUUUGAAAUUCUGUGUUUCAAAUUUUUUGUAAGCCAAUAGAAAUUAAAAUUGAAAACACUGUAGUUGA